UUUGCUGUUUAUGUAGACAUAUUUUGUUUAUUAUGUUAUUUGUUGAAAUAUUCAUGCAAUAUGUUGCAUAUAGUAAACAAAAUUUAAUGCAAGUCUGUGACACGAGAGACUGUUCCAGAAAUACAUAUUGUAUUACAUGUGAUAAUGUUAAAUGCAAAUGUGAAAUGUGAAACAUUGCUAAAUAUUAAUUGUAAACUGUUUUGUGUUUACAGUUUGACCGCACAUGUAUGCACAUAUAAAAAUGAAAGAAUUAUAAACUACAAAUAAACAACAACCAAUCAAACAAAAUGUGUACGGUGGGAGUUCUGCACUAGUGGAAUAAAGAACAAAAUCAAGUUCCAAGUUAAUGUUAUCAUUUCACGGGUAACAUAAAAGUAUGAUGACAAUUUUCAAUUCUGGGUGAACUAUCAAUGUAGCUGUGCUCCUUUUUAAGUUUUAUUUCACUGCUCAGUGUUCUUGGACUUCAUUGUGGAUAUAGCAUCAUGUAAAAGUAAAAUAUUUAGUUCCAUACCUUGAUUUUUGGCUUUUGUGCACAGCAAUUUGACUACCAAGUUUGGAAUUAUUAAAAGAAGGUAAUUACAUCAUUAUACAGCAUCAUUGUGGGCAGUAGAUGGGUUGGUCAGUCUGAUCCAGACACUGUAUAAAUGAAAGGACAGUAAGAAGAGCAGAACAAGCUCCUAACAGGAGGAGAUUCACUCAUGGUCUAUGAGAUAGAGGAUCAUGAGACUCAAUACUGCUUUCCUGCCAUCAACUCAUCAUGUAUCAAGGGAAAGCGCUCAAGUUAUGAAUACAAUAUCAUGUAUGUAUUUUUUUCAUUGCUGUCAGCAUGGACUGUGUUUCUGAACCUGCUGGUGAUCAUCUCCAUCUCUCACUUCAAGAAGCUUCACACUCCAACCAACCUGCUCAUUCUCUCUCUGGCUGCGGCCGAUAUGCUUGUAGGGCUUAUUGUCAUGCCUGUGGAUGCCAUCAAGCUAAUUGAGACAUGUUGGUACUUUGGAGACACUUUCUGUGAUGUGUUUACUAUAAUCAUGGGACUGCUCAUAUCAACAUCUAUUUGUAAUUUAGUUUUAAUUGCUGUUGAUCGUUAUGUGGCCGUGUGUCACCCUUUACUGUACCCAAAGAAAAUAACAGUGACUAAAACUUUAGUAAGCAUCUGUCUCUGCUGGUUUUUCUCCUCAACAUACAACAUUGGCUAUUUAGUUAGUUGCAGAUAUUUUGAAGCUUCUCAAAGAUCAGAUGCGUGUUACGGAAAAUGCUAUUUAGUAAUAAGUUUUUCUUGGAAAUUCACUGACCUUUUUUUUUCCUUCUUGUUACCUUGUACCCUGAUUAUAACUUUAUAUUUGAGGAUUUUCUAUGCUGCACAUCAGCAAGUGAAAGUUAUAAACACCCUAAUGAAGAGUGGUAAAUGUGUAACUGAAGGAUCAAUGAGGAGGAAAUCUGAGAGCAAAGCUGCUCUGACAUUAGGAAUCAUUGUGACAGUUUAUCUGCUUUGCUAUAUUCCCUAUACAUUGUCUGCAACAAGUACUACAGUAAUAUCUUCUGCCACAGUGACAUUUCUAUUAUGGACUUUGUAUGUUAACUCCGGUCUGAAUCCUCUUAUCUAUGCUUUAUUCUACCGCUGGUUUAAAAUAUCAGCUAAACACAUCUUAACGUUUAAAAUAUUCGAGCCAGCAUCCUCUCUUGUGGACAUUUUUAAAGAUUAUUAA